AUGAUCCCAGCCACAAUGACUUAUUGUCUAUCCAAUGCUGCGCCUAGUCAGUCUGCAUCGAAACUCCUUCUAUCCGAUCAGAAUACUUCAUCGGCCUCCCUUCAGAAGCAUCCGCAUAAUGUUGUCCUAAAUGAUUCACCUAGUACCACCACUGACGCCCCUAUAUUCAUUGAUCUCGACUUGCUUGAGCCAGAUUGUUCUGCCAAAACUGGCACCAGCACUUCACCAAUUGAUUUUGCGAUCAGGGCCGACUUAUCCAAUUCUGGCUCAGCCCGAAGUAUUCCUGAGGACCAUGUCUCAGAACAAAUUCUUCCAAAUUCAGUUUUACAUCCCGUGUCUCCCGUACCUGCUUCUCCUCGUUCUUCGUCCGCCACCGGCGAUAUCACAUCUUCGAUUCCACAUGAUCUUUCGCUGACUCCCACUCUUAUCUCCUCUUUACCUGCAGCAACGGAUCCACCAAUUACUUCUGCAGAUCACACAUCACUUCAUGAGUCAGAUGACCAUGUUUUAACUCCGAUUCUAACUCAUAGGUCUCCCAGUUUUAAAGACCUACCUGAAGAAGUUUCACGUUUAUCUCCCUCACAAACAAGCCUCAUUUCACUCGACUCAAAUUGUUUUGACGAUAGUUCAACCACUCAUCCGAAGGAUAGUGUCGUCAAUGCUUCAUUUUCUUUCCUUCCCUCUAUUUCUUAG